CACGUCUCUCUUUUGUCUGUUGGCUGGCAUGUGAGCGUGUGUGUGUGUGUAAACGAGCGGCGCGCAACCGAGCGCUCGAUCUGUUGGCCAGAAAGGAGAGAGAGAGAGAGAAACUCGCCGGGCGCCGGGCAAGAAGUGCGCAGAUUGGCCUGCGUCGUUCUUCGAUGCGUUAACACUGGACAGAAAUUAGCGUUCAAUUCUGCCUAUUUUGUUGCUCUUUGUGUGUGUGUGUGUGUGUGUUUGUGUAUCCGUGUGUUCCAUUUUUUUGUGUGUGUUGUUUACUGGUUGUUGUUAUUAACGUUUGGAAGUGCAAACACAAACUUUGUGACAGUGAAAAAACGUUGGAGUUUUGUGUGUGUGUGUGUGUGUGUGUGUGUGGAUUCGCAUCCAGUGAAAAGCCUGGGGGGCGAAACUGACUGUUCAAGUGAUUUGUUUGAAAUCCUCAACAGAAUUCAAGUUACGUUGUUUAAAAAAUUACAGACAGCUCCAAAAGAGAUUGUUGUUGUUGUGAUUAAACGCGGGUGUUUUAAAUUUUACCUUGUACCUCCAUUUAAAAAAAAAUAAAACAAAAAAAACAAAAAAAAAAAUAGUACACGGUGUGUGUGUGUGUGUGAGUGAUCGUGUCCCAUUGGAAUUUUGUGUAAAAAAACAAACCAAAAACAAAUCAAGACGGAAAAUACCAAAAGCAACAAUAAAAAAUAAAUCAAUUAAAAAGGAAAUAGAAAAAAAUCCAAAUAAGAAGGGAGAGCUUUCAUUUCACAGCAUGAUGCCUCGCGCGGCCACUCCGGAAUCGAAAAGCCCUUCGACGCCGACCGGUGCCAUGCCGGCGUCAGUUGGCCGUCCGAAAAUCGGAUUCUCUAUCGACUUCCUAGUCGGCACCGGGGCCAAUAACAAUAAGAGAAACAGCCCCAAGUCGUCGGAAUGCGAGGCCGUUUUGACGGACAAGAACAAAUCGCCAGUGGCCAGUAGCGGAGGUGGCGGCCGAGAGGACGCUAGGGACUCAUCGCCCGUCCAUUCUUCCUCGACGCCGAACUCCAGCCGAUCGGCCAGUCCGACCAACGAUCACGGCCAGACGGCGGCCGACAACAGCGGCCGAAUGCGACGCUCGAGCGGCCAACACCAGUCAGCUGUGAUGGGCGCUGGAUCUCCACUGUUCCAGGCGUGGAAUCCCGGAUCGGUGAUUCCGGCAGCGGCUGGCCACCAUCCGCCUCCUUAUUUGGAUAUGGCAGCGUUGGCCAACCUGCGCCAACUGUACGAGCAACAACAUCCGGGAGCGACCAGGCCUCCAUUUUUCCCACCUCAUCAUCCGGCCGGAUCGGCUUUCUCGCCGGCUAACUUCCCUCCACCGCCACAGCAAGCACCUGCCGGACAAUCGCCGAUGGCCGGUAAUAGUCACGGUCCAGCCGGAAUGAUCCGGCCCGAUCAGCAGUCCAGCCUAGCCGCCCAGCAAUGGUGGCUUUUGGCUCAGGCCCGUCAACAUCAGCAGAGGCUAUUCGCCGCAGCUGCGGUCGCUUCCCAUCGUUUCCCGCCAGGACCUGCAGAUUUGGCUGGUUUCCUGCUUUCGCCCUUCCGCAAGCCGAAAGCGCGUGCGGACGGCCUUCUCGCCCAGCCAACUGCUCAAGUUGGAACACGCUUUCGAGAAGAAUCACUACGUCGUCGGUGCCGAACGCAAACAAUUGGCCCAGUCGCUCAAUCUCACCGAAACUCAGGUUAAAGUUUGGUUCCAAAAUCGGAGGACGAAGCACAAACGAGUCCAACAGGAUGGCGAAGACGGUGCGGACGAUCCUGCGCCGGAUGGCAAACAAAAGCAGAGAUCCAGCGGCGGGGGUAGUAGCGUCGCAGGCAAU